AUGAGGGCCGAUGAGGCAGCUAGAAGUAGUUAUGUGCACUUGGAAGAUGAGGAAGAUGAUCCAGAUAUGCAAGAGGCCCUACAUCAAUCACGUCAGGAGUUUCAAUUUCAGCAGAAGGCCGGUCCACGGUAUGAGAGGGGUGGUGGCUCUGGUUCAGGAGGUGGCCCAAGAUUGACGAGGAGUCAGACACAGAUCCCUCAAAGACUUAGAGAUUUCCACCUAGCGACCGUCUCUGGACCGCGGCAGUCAAGGAUAGAUACUGGACCAUGGACCAACAAGGGUAGGAGUGCGAAGGAAAGGGUGGGAAAAGCUUGGGCAAAGGCACUGCAUGCACUUGGUAUACCUGGUAGGAAAGUGGAUGACCCCUAUUUCAGGGCAGCCAUCAUAGAGACACAAAACCAAGGAGUUGGUGUCCAGCUGCCAACUGGCAAGGAGAUAGAUGGCAAGUACUUGGACGCUACUAUAACUGAGAUUGAAAAGGAGAUAGAGAAGUGGAAGGAAGAGUGGCCACAACAUGGUCUGAUAAUUAUGUGUGAUUCUUGGACCGGUCAAUGGGAUGAUGUACUUUUGGAAGUCUGUGAUGCAACUGGUGUGGUUCAAGACCAUGCAUUCUUGCUAACGGAGAUCAAAAAAAAUGUACGUGAUGUUGGGCCCGAAAAUGUUGUGCAGAUUGUCACAGAUAAUGGCUCAAACUUCAAGAAGACAUGUGCGUUGUUGCAUGAGGAGUACAACCAUAUCGUGUGGCAGCCAUGUCUUGCACACACCAUCAACCUCAUGUUGAAGGAUAUAGGGAAAUGGCCUGAGCACGAUGCAAUGAUCAAAAGUGCCCAGAGGAUAUGCAGCUGGAUGUACAAUUCAAAUAGUCUACAUGCCAUGAUGAGUAAAGCCAUAGGAGGUGAGUUGGUUAAAUGGAAUGCAACUAGAUUUGGCACCAAUUACAUGUUUCUAGAGACCUUUUUGAGGAAGAAGGAUCAAUUCAUGGCAUGGAUGGUGUCUCCAGAAUUCAGAAAUUCACGCCAUUUCAAGUCACCUGAAGGUCAGUAUGCAUUUCGGUCUCUCACAGCACUUGACUGGUGGAAUGCCAUGCAGAGUGUUAUUGAUGAUGUUGAGCCUCUAUACAUUUUUUUGAGAUUUGCUGAUCAUGACAAGACUCCAACUUUGGGAGAAGUGCUCAUGGAAUAUCAAAACACAAGGCAAACAUAUGUGCAAGCUGCUUGUACACUCCAUCCAUAUGUCAAUUAUGUAAGUGGAGUGACGGACGGUGUACUGGGAGAUAUGAAGAGGGGGAUGGAAAUGAUGUUUGACACAACCAGAGCGACCAAAGCACUUCAGGAGUAUGAGUACUUCAGGAGGAAGUAUGGAGAAUUUGGGAGCGACUUAGCUAUUAGGAUGGCAAUGGAUCGCUCCACCUCGCCAGCUAGUUGGUGGUCUAUGUUUGGAUCAGAUACACCAACACUUCAGAGGGCAGCGAUGCGUCUACUCUCACAAUGUGUGUCCUCAAGUGGAUGUGAAAGAAAUUGGAGUACGUUUGCCUUCAUCCAUACAAAGCUACGCAAUAGGAUGGGUCACAAGAAGCUCCACAAAUUGGUGUUUGUCAACUACAACCUUCGGCUUCGUAUCCAGCGUGCUAAAGCCACACCUGAGCCAAGUGACUUCGAUCCUAUUGCCGGUAUGAUGGACCUCUCAUUGUAUAGGCAACAAUCAGCUAUUCGCAAGUGGAUGGAGCUAGGGAGGUCCAAUGCAGCGCCGGCUUUGGAUGAGGAUUCUGAUUUAAGUGACACCCCAGUUCCUAGCACCAUCGUUACAGAUAUUGCACGUGAUAUUCCAGAGCUACGGAAUUUGGAUGUACGUGAAUGGGCAGAAGAGACUGUUGGUGACACACAUGUUGGUAAGAGAAAGACACGUGUUGGACCAUCGGAUCGGCAAAGGAAGAAAGGAAAAAGACAGGAUGACAUUGAAGAGGAAGAAUUUAGAACAGAUGACAGCACACCUGAUCCUAGUGUCGGUGAUGAUGAUGAUCAUGAUGAUGGGGGUGACGACAGCAGCACCGAUGCUAGUGAUGAUGGGAUUGGCAGUGGGGGAUAUGUAGGCGGAGGUGGCGGGGGUGAUGAUGUAGUUGGAGGUGGAGAGGGUAUGAGGUUUACCGGGGAGAGCCAGUUCACUCAUGCCACACAAGAUACGGAUCAUGGUGCACCUAGCUCACAAUGACAGACUAGAAGCAGUGCACGUCAUUCUAUUCCCCAUGAUGAUGAUAGCUCUAGCUCAGUGAACACAGACUAUACUUAUCCACACUAUCCAUAUGACCAACCAUAUGCAUAUCCAUCAUCACAUCGAGUACCCUAUUUGCCACCCCCCUAUGUUGGCUAUACAAGCACCAACAUGCAAGAUGCUUACAAUGUGCAGGCUCAAGGAUAUGCGACAUAUGGUGCCUAUGGCGCAUAUGGGGCCUAUGGAGCCUAUGGCAAUAGCUCAUAUCAACAGGAUGAGACUGAAGAAUAAACUCCAUGUGGUAUGUAUCGUGUGAACUACUAUGUAUUAUGUAUAUUGACGAUGAUGGUUUGUAAGAACUACGGUUGUGAUGAUUUGUAUGGACUAUGAUUGUGAUGACUUGUAUGGACUGUAGUUGUGAUGAUUUGCAUGGACUAUUGUUCUGAUGAUCUAUAUGGACUA